AUUUGGGGUGCAGCAGAGGCAGCGAGUGGCGGGCAAAAUGGGGACAUUUUAUGCUGACGAACUCUUUGACAUCUUAUACAACUACACUUCUGACUAUGGCAACUACAGCCUGGCUUUGCCUGACAUCGAUGGCUCCUCUUCCCCAUGCCGUAAUGAAGGCUCUGUAGCCAACAAAUACUUGGUAGCCUUCAUCUACUGCUUGGUCUUCCUCCUCAGCAUGGUGGGCAAUGGGCUGGUGGUGCUGGUGGUCACCUCCAGCCACAUGAAUCGCUCCGUCACCGACAUCUACCUGCUCAACCUGGCUGUGGCCGACCUGCUCUUUGCUCUCAGCCUGCCGCUCUGGGCCGCCUACUGGGCCCACGAGUGGGUUUUUGGCACCGUCAUGUGCAAAGCCAUCUCGGUGCUGCAGGAAUCCAACUUCUACAGCGGCAUCCUGCUGUUGGCUUGCAUCAGCGUGGACCGCUACUUGGCCAUCGUCUACGCCACCCGUGCUGUCACUGAGAAGAGGCACUGGGUGAAGUUUGUCUGUGUGGGCAUCUGGGUGUUUUCGGUGCUGCUCUCCCUGCCCGUGCUGCUGUUCCGCGAGGCAUUUGUCUCAGACCGCAAUGGCACGGUUUGCUACGAGCGCAUUGGCAAUGAGAAUACCACCAAGUGGAGGGUGGUGCUGCGGGUGCUGCCGCAGACCUUCGGCUUCGCCCUGCCCCUCCUGGUCAUGCUCUUCUGCUAUGGUGUCACCGUGCACACCCUCCUGCAGACCAAGAAUGUCCAGAAGCAGCGUGCCAUGAAGGUCAUCCUAGCUGUGGUGCUGGUCUUCCUUGUCUGCUGGCUGCCCUAUAACAUCACGCUGGUGAGCGACACUCUCAUGAGGACGCAUGCCAUCACCGAGACCUGUGAGAGGAGGAAACACAUCGACACAGCCCUCUCCAUCACGCAGGUCCUUGGUUUUGCCCACAGUUGCAUUAACCCCAUCAUCUAUGCCUUCAUCGGGCAGAAGUUUCGCAAUAGCUUCCUCAAGAUCCUGGCACAGCGCGGCUUCAUCAGCAAGGAUGCUGUGGCACGCUACGGCCGCACCUCCUACACUUCCACCUCUGGCAACACCUCCACCACCCUCUGAGCUCCACUGCUCCCCAAGACCUGGUGCAUGCAGUCCUGGCACCCAACACACCCCAGCAUCCUAACCGAAGACACAGCCUUGGGCAGUAGGCAUGGCCCCCUGGCACACAGAUGGCUGUUACUGUGGGCUGCACAUGGUCACACUGCACAUGCAAAGGCACAUCAGCAUGGGGGUCCCAAUGGAAAGAUGCUGAACACUGCCCACUCUCCCUGCGCUUUGGGAUAAAGCUUGUGACUUUGAGGACAUCACGGCCCCAGUGUGGCAAUGAUAGCUGCCCAGCAAUAAAGGAGGUGGCAAGUUUU